AAAUCAGUCAGUUUAAAAAGAAAUUUGAGCAGUGCUAGACUUAAAGAAUUAAUCAUGCAGCUAGCAAAGUUAUCAAAAACAGUACUUCCAAUUUAUCGUGAUUUAUUCAAAUCUAAUUGGCCAAAGUACAUGCCGUCCUACUGUGUCUUACAACAUUUCAUUAAUCGCUUUGGUCAGCAUCCAGAAUGGGAGGAAAAAGUCAAGUUUUUAACAUUAAAGGAUACUUUGGAUGGAACUUAUGCAUUAAUAUAUGGACCUUAUAUUUGCAUUGAUUCCAUUGAAGCACCUCCAUAUCCAAAACUUGAGAAGCUGCUUUACAACAUGGACCUUAAAAGUGAUCAAAUAUUUGCCAAUUUUCGUGAUGAUUUUCGACCUUUGGUUUUGGAUUUAUUGCGGAUUCGAAAGCUGAAGAAGACUUUUGAUGUUGGCUCUAAAAUUUGCUUUUUUAAUGUCGAUGAGGAUUACAUUAGUGGCAUUUGGAAAAGCCCACCAGCAGGUCACCACUACGCCUCAUUGACUAUUCAAGAUCUUAAUCAAGUUCUCUCAACAAUCCCCAAUCCGACUCCAAGAUCCAUCGAGUACCUUAAAACAGUCAUAAAAUACAACACAACAACGGGAUUGUACAGAAGUGAUGGACUCUUAAUAAGUUGGGUUAUGGAACAUGAUACAGGUGUACAAGGCAAUGUCUGUGUUGUUCCUGAAUUCUUCAGAAUGAAUUUCGCUAGAAAUGUUUUAGUUGAGCAUGGAUUAAAAAUUUCAAGGAAAAAGCCUUACUUUCCUAUUUUUACAGACGCAGUUCAUCACAAGCUUUUAAUUUGUUUAGUAAGUUUAAUAAUGAAUGGCUUCAUAAUAUCUCAUCAAUUGGAUUUAUUAAGGAACCUGAGCAGAGUUAUACUCCUGCUUGGUAUCAUGUAUAAGUGAUGAUAGGAAGGUUAGGUGUGUGUGUGAGUUUUAAAGUAAUACCGAGAACAAGACCAAGAUUACGAUUUAGAUAAAGCUUAUGAUCUUGAUCAAGGAAUAGACAAAUAAUUAUAGACAAUUCUAUGGAAUUGUGGAAUUGCCCAUAAUCUGAAACCAAGAAUAAAACUAAGAUCAAGAUCAUGAUCAAAGCCAUGGUUAAGAUUAAAGUUAAGAUAAAAAUCAAUUUCAAGAUCGAAAUCAAAUCAAAAUUAAGAUCAAAAUUAAGAUCAAAAUAAAGAUUAAGAACAGAAUCCAAGAUUAGGAUCAAGAUCAGAAACCAAGAUUAAGAUCAAGAUCAGAAACCAAGAUUAAGAUCAAGAUCAGAAACCAAAAAGAUCAAGAUCAGAAACCAAGAUUAAGAUCAAGAUCAGAAACCAAAAUUAAGAUUAAGAUCAGAAACCAAGAUUAAGAUCAAGAUCAGAAACCAAAAUUAAGAUCAAGAUCAGAAACCAAGAUUAAGAUCAAGAUCAGAAACCAAGAUUAAGAUCAAGAUCAGAAACCAAGAUUAAGAUCAAGAUCAGAAACCAAGAUUAAGAUCAAGAUCAGAAACCUAGAUUAAGAUUAAGAUCAGAAACCAAGAUUAGGAUCAAGAUCAGAAACCAAGAUUAAGAUCAAGAUCAGAAACCAAGAUUAAGAUCAAGAUCAUAAACCAAUAUCAAGUUUAGAAACCAAGAUUAAAAUCAAGAUCAGAAACCAAGAUUAAGAUCAAGAUCAA